UGGUUUUCUCGUAUAGAUUUUGAAAACCGAAAACUUUGUUUGAUUUUUUGAACCAUAAGCAUGGAAAAACGCUCUACCGAUGCCAAUGGGGCGAAGAUAAUCGAAUUUGAAGAUAAUGAUGAAGUCUCUGACGAUGUUGUUUCUGACUCGGAAAAUGAAGAUGAUGAGAUUCCAAUUAUGUUCAAACAGAGUGUUUUAAAAAAUAAGAGCAUUUUUGAAAAGCAGCUUCUGGGGUCAACCGAAAUAGAUCCUUCAGAAAUCUUUGAAAUGAAAGCCAAGCAGGAAGUUGAUGGAGAAAGCAAAGAGUUGUCCAUGAAAAUGGAUCAGCAGAUUUUGGAAUAUUUUGGUGGUGAUGAGGAUGAAGAAAACAAACUGCUUAAAUUGUCUAGCCAGAUGACUCCAUUACCUGGAAUUGAGGGUAUAUUUAAAAAGCUUGGUCAAGCAGGUGAGGGAGAAUUUCCUCCUAUUGAUUCCAUUGUUACCAUCCACUACAACGGCUACCUUCAAGAUGAAGUUAGCAAUGAAAUCAUAUCCUUUGAUUCUUCUUUUUUAAGAGGAAAACCCAAAUCAUUCAUGAGAGGCCAAGGUUCCGUAAUUGAAGGUUUAGACCUAGCAGUUAGUUCAAUGAAGCUAAAAGAACAAUCUGAGUUCAUAAUUUGCCCCGAUUUGGCUUGGGGAGAGAAAGGUUGCCCGCCACGUAUACCGGCCAAUGCAUAUAUUUACUUUAAAAUUGAUUUGAUUGAAUGGGUGGAUUCUAGUGCUGCUGAAGCGUUUGGAAAGCUCCCCAUCCAAAUGCGUAAAAGGCUUCCUUUCCAACAAGUACUCGAAGCAGCAAAAUCCGAAAAACGUAAAGGAACUGCUCACUUCGAAAAGCAGAAUUUCAAUAUGGCUUUGAAGUGCUAUCGCCGUGCGCUGGGUUGGAUUGAAGAUCACAGUUAUGCCGAUGAUGAAGACGAAAAUUUAGGACAGAAACUACGCCUUACUCUUCAUUUAGAUCUUGCCCUUGUUAAUUUAAAAAUUAACAAGCCUAAGAGGACUUGCAUUCACGCAGCUGAAGCAUUAGAAUUGGAACCAGAAAACCCUAAAGCAUUAUACAGGCUUGGUUUGGCAAAGGAGAAGCUUGGCGAUUUUGCAUCUGCACGACGAAAUCUUUUACUAGCAAAAAGUAUUUGCCCGAAGGAUCCUAGCAUUGCCAGAGCUUUGCUUGCGUUAAAUGAGAAAGUGCAGAAGGAGAAGUAUGUUGAAACUGAGCUAUGCCGCAAAAUGCUUGGCUCAACGGCCAUAAGAGAAACUCCGAUUGCUUCACCUACUGACGAGUCACAUAAAGUCAUCCGUUGUUUGCUAGCCGACUUCAUAAAAAACCCAAGUGAAAAACAGUUGGAAUUCCCUCAAGGGAUGUCGCAGAAUGAACGAAACUUUUUAGAAGAAGAAGCUAAUCGGUUACAUUUAAAAUUUGCAAUGAAGCCAUUGAUGAAAGGCGAAAGCAUCUGCACUGUUUUUAAAUGUGGCUAGCGAAGUGCGAAGAAAAGUGACUCAAUGGAAGUAAUUCUGAAAAUUGCCUUCUUGCCUGACUAUCUUUAAGCUACCGUAACAUUUUCCUUUCGCAUUGUCAUAAAUGUUUGUCUCCCCAAAAUAGCAAACAUUUUCAGUUGACAUGCUUUCGACUGGAUUCGGAUAAAGUGUAUGUUAAUCUAGUACUUAAAUUGUUUUUUUGUAAUCCAUGAUCAUCUCUUUUCGUCAAAAUGAUCUAAGAAAACGUAUUAUGUUAAUCUCA